CAAGAUGGCUUCUUUUUUAUAUAUGGUUAAAAUAAUUUUCUAUUGUAAUUUUAUGUUUUUAAACUAGAAAUAUGUGGGGGAGACUCUCUGAAUUCGUGCAGGAUAAGUUGGAUACCUCUUCUGUGGAGGAUGAAAGGCAUUCUGGCGAUGCGGGAAAUGCUAAAGCUACUAUAGAAAGUCUUCAGCAAGCCCUUAGCGAGGCGGAAAGCAGAAAUAAAGACAUAAACAGAGAAUUUAAAAAGUUAAUUCGCGAGAAAGAGAAUGAACUGCAAAAACUGCGGCAGAACCAAAGUGGCUCCGAGAAUGGACACGAGUCAGAUUAUUCCAGCUCAUUAUCUGGUCUUCAGGAACAGAUGGAAAACUUGAAAGAGCAACUGUCUUUGAAAGAUAAAAAGAUACAAGAACUCAGUAGUGAAAAAAGCAAAAGAAAUAAAAGUUCACCUUCAUCACAGCUGAGUGAUGCAGACAAACGAAUAGAAGAGCUGGAACUGCUGCUGGCACAGAAAGACAAAAAUCUCCAACACCUGCUACAGGAACUUGAGAGUGCUGAGCAGCAGAGUAAGCAAACAUGGGAACAAAAACGUAUCAAUGAAGAGAAAGUGAUGGGGGAACUUGCAGCAAAGAUUCAACAUAAUACAACAUUAAUCACCAAGUUGGAGGAGACUGAACAAUUGAUGGCAGAAAGGGAUAAAUCUAUACAAGAACUGUGUGAUAAAGUUGAAGCAAAAGAGAGGUUGAUUAAAUCUAGGGAUGAGGUGAUCAGUCAACUGCAAAUGAGCAAAGAUAUUGGUGGUGGUACAGAUGAUGUUGUGUCAGUUCUUCAAGAACAAGUUCGUUCUCAACAGGAUAAGAUCACUGAACUUGCUGAUGACAUUGACAGAUAUCGUAGAAACCUGAAAGAGAAAGAAGCCAUUCUUGCUGCUCGUGAAAAGAGCUUAGAAAACAUUCAACACCAGAUGCAGGAACAAACGGCGGCUUUGAGUGAAUUGUCAGUUGAACGAGAUGGUCUUUUAAAUAAAAUAGAAAGUUUGGAACGAGAUCACAACAAUGCCGUCGCAAGGUUGCAGGAAGAAGUUAAAUUGAAGGAAGAAAACAUGGCGGCGGAGAUGUCACAUUUGGAGAUCUCGUUUAAAGAAAGUGAACACAUGUUGAAAGAGGAUGUCGAAGAGAAAGCCAACAUUAUUCAGUCCAAAGACGAAGCGAUUGCCGUGCUAAAGAGAACCAUCCAAGAGAGAGCCCUGGGUCCAAGCAUGGAUAGCAACCAAGGAAAAGGAAUGUCUGAGGAGGGUGAAAAGAUUGUAAAAAUGCUGGAAACACAACUAGAAGAGACAAAGGGAAAUUUGAGCAUGAAACAAGAUGCUUUGGUCAAGACAGAGAACGAACUUCAUGAGAAACAGAAUGAAAUCCGCGAGCUACAACUUCAAUCACAGCAAGAACUAAAAAACCUGAGCGAGAAACUUAAUCAGGAGAACUUAGCUACUUCAGAACUAAGAGAACAAUUGAGUAGUAAAGACAAUAAGUUACAAAACCUUGAAGAAAAUCUGGCUGGUUUAACAGACCGGUUGCGCGAUACCUCGAAUGAACUGGAAACAACUAAAACAAUGUUAGAAGAAAAAUCAGAAAAAUUAUCGGAAUCUGGGGACAUGUCUGGAAAAGUUAACGAGUUGUCACAAACUGUUAAAAAGUUGGAUGGCGUUUUAGAAGAACGUGAUGCCAAGAUUACGGAGCUGAAUGUCUUAACUGGGAAACUGCAGGAACGUGUCGAGAAUUUAGUUUCCGAAAAUCAGCGAGUUCAUGAAAGCAUGGAGAAUAUGAAGCAUAGCUUGAACGAACAAUUGCUUUCUACACAAGAAGAGCUCAAGUGUCUUGCGGAGAAACACGAGCUUGAACUUUCUGAGAAAGAACUUCUUAUCAAAGAUCAGGAGUUUUCACUCGCGCAAAAAGAUGAAAAAUUCUCGGAGUUGAGUGAGGUGCUCGAAAACGAAAAGCGAAAAUUCAAUGAGCAUCUUGAAAGUUCUUUGAAAAAUAAAACUGACCAUGAGGAGCAAAUAGAAAGUCUUAAAAACGAGAAUGAAGCAAAAGAGAAUGAGAAAACUGGUUUUGAGAAACAACUUUUUGAACUGCAAGAAAAAGUGGAUGGAAUGAAGAAUGAAAUUGAGCAAAAGGAGGCGGAAAUGCAAAAAUUAAGAAAUGAGGUAAGUGGUGAAGUUAAACUUUUGAAGGAGGAAAAUGUGAAAUUGACCGAAGAUAGAUCUAGGUUAGAGCAAAUGCUAGGCAGUAAAGAUACUGAUCUUGCCGAGAAGCAACAGCACCUGGACGAACUCAAAAAUGAAGUGGCUGAAAAACAGAAACGGUUUGAGUCCAUUCAAGCUGAAUCCGAAAAUCGCGUUCAUGAACUCGCUGUUGAGAAGUCAACCGUCAGUGAAGAGGUGAAAAAGAUAAAAGAAUUGUUGAAUGAGAAAGAGAAUGAAUUUAAGAAUGAGGUUACUAAGAUGAAUGACAGAGAAAAGAGGCUGGAUAAUAAACUGAAUUUGUUAAAUGAGUUGAACACUAAGUUGAAACAAGAUUUCGAUCAAAGUAAAACGGAAAUUCAGGAAUCUCGGCAGGAGGAAGAACGUUUAAGAAGCGACCUGGAGUUGCUAAGAUCAGAAUCCGGAUUAAAAGAGGGAAAGCUUACUGAGCUAACUGAACUGGUAAAUGCUAAUGAAGAAGAAAUCAUAGUUCUCAAGGCAUCUCUUAAGGAAAGCUCUGGCAGAGAAAAUGAGUCAACAGAGAAGGUAAAUGAGCUGGAAGAACAAAUCAAAUCACUCAAAGGUUCUCUUUCCGAGAAUCAGACCGAGUGUACCAGCAUCAAAGAACACCUUAAUGAAAAGGUACAAAAAAUUGAUUCACUUUCUGAAACAAUUUCUGACAAACAAGCAGAGAUUGAUGCGAUGAAGCAAAAUUUGGAAACGCAUAUACAAGAAAGUCUUAAUAGAGAAAAAGAUGCUGAAGACAAACUAAAUGUUUUAGCAACCGAGAAACAGCAGGAAUACAAGAGAUUGACGGAAAUGCUAAAUAAAAAGGAUGGAGAAAUAAAGUCACUAGAGGAAAAUAUUUCUGUGAAACAAACGGAACUGGAUGAAUUACAGAAAAACACGAGUGCCAAAAUACUGCAACGUAAUGAAAGAGAGCGCCAACUUAUAGAUGAACUGGCUGCUUUAAAUGCAGCAAAAUUAGAAAGAGAGGAAGUUCUUGUUAAAGAUUCACAGCAAAAAGAACAACAAGUUAAAUUACUGGAGGCGAACGUCUCUGAAAAUCUUGCUGAACUAAGCAAAGUAAAGGAAAGCCUGGAGUCUGAAAUUCUUGGAAGAAAAGAGAUGGAAACUAAGCUCAGAGAUCAAAUCGAUGUCCUCACAUCAGAAAGUGGAGUCAAAGAAAAAGAUCUGUUUAGGAAGAUAAAUGAACAAGAGAUUCAAGUUACAUCACUGCAAGAGCGUCUAACGGUUAACCAAACUGAACUGGAUCAAGUACAAGGAAGUCUUGGAGCUGAAACAGAGCGAGCGAAGCAACUAGAAAACGAUCUUGAGGAACAAAUGAAAACAUUCAACGACAGAAUCGCAGAACUUGAGGAAAAAGUGGAGAAUUAUAAGACCAGUGAGACCCACCUUAAAGAACUUGUUAAUACCCUAGAGAAUCAAUUAAAUAAUUUUAAAUCCGAAAGUCUUGAAAAAGAAACCAGUCUACUUAAAGAGAUCAGCAAACAUGAACAAAAUAUCAAAUCACUACAAGAAAGUCUCGCCAACAAGCAGGCUGAACUGAGUGAGACCAUGGCGGAACACAAACAACAGCAUAACGAGUUGACCGAUCAAAUUAAUUCCAUUAAACUACGAAGUGAUGAAACAGAAGCAAGUCUAUUUGAAAAAAACAGUCAACAGGAACACGAGAUCAAAUCACUACACGAAAACCUUUCCAACAAGCAGACUGAACUGAGUGAAAUAGUACAGAAAUAUGAAAAGGAGGAACUCGAACUAAAAGAUCAAGUCGAAACUCUGAGAAACGAUAGUUCUCAAAAAGAGAAAAUUUCAGUGGAGAAGAUUAAUGAACUAGAGUUACAGAUAAAAUCACUUGAAGGUGAUCUUGCUGAUACGAUCGCUGAGCUAAGUAAAGUUAACCAAAGUCUUGAGAUGCAGAUUCAUGAGAGAAAAGAAAUGGAAAACAGCCUGAAUAAAAAUAUAAAUAUCCUGACAUCCGAAAGCAAAGAAAAGGAAACGAGCUUACGUGGAACAAUCAGUGAACAAGAAGAAAAUAUUAAAUCAUUACAAGAAAAUCUCAACUCGAUGCAAACUGCAUUAAAAGAAGAAAUACAGAAAUGUGAACAGCUCGAAAAAGACAAUUUGGAUGCUUCGAAUGAAUACAAGAAAAGAGAACAGUCGUUGUCAGAAGAACUUGAAAAUCAGAAAUCUGCGGAUAAAAAUCGUAUAGAGUCAUUGUAUCAAGAGGUAGCAUCAAGAGACGAGAGAAUUGGAGAGUUAGAUGCAAACUAUAGUACCUUAGAAAAAACAAAAGCGGAAGAAGUUAGAGGAUUAUCUGAAGAAAUAGCCAAGCUCAAGGAAAUUGUGCAAAAAUUUGAGGUUCAGAAAUCUGAGAGCGACGGUCUUUUGGUGUCUUUGAAAGAAGAUGUGAAAUCGAGAGAUGAAAUGAUCGAAAAGCUGAAUGGAAAACUUGUCUCGCUAGAAAGAAGUAAAGAAGAAGAAGUUAAAGUUUUAAGUCAGGAUGGUAUGAACCUUAAGCAAACUGUACAGGAUCUUGAACAGACUUUGUUGGAAAAGGAGCAGAAACUUUUCAUUUCUGUGGAGGAUAACCAGAAAUUAACUUCCCAAGUUAAGGAAAUCGAAAUUAAGCUGAGUGAACGACGUGAUGAACUAGACGGUGAGAGAAUUUUAAGACUGCAGGAAAAUCAGAAACUUUCAACUCAAAUAAAAGACGUUGAAAAUAUGUUGAGUAAACAAACUGAAGAACUAGAAAAUGAGAGGAGUUCAAGACUUGAUGAAAUCAAUAAACUUGAAUCUCGAGUCCAAGAAGUAGAGGGUGUUUUGAACGAAAGAACUGUUGAACUUGAAAAUGAAAGAAGAUCCAGAUCGGAAGAGAAUAAGAAUUUAUCAUCACAGGUGCAAGAGCUUGAAAGUAUGUUGAGUAAACGAAAUGGGGAAUUAGAAGAUGAGAAGAAAUUAAGACUGGAGGAAAAUAAGAGACUUGAAACUCAAGUGAAGGAAAUCGCAACUGUGCUUAGUGAGCGAGAUUUGGAGUUGAAAAAAGAAGCGAAUUUAAGGACUGAAGAGACUCGAAAACUUGAAAGUGAAAAUAAAAAAUUGCAAGGUGUUGUGGACGAUAUGCAGGAAACAAUACGAGUGAAGGAAGGUGAGAUUUUCGCACAAAAGGAAGAACAUUUAGAACGAUGCAACGAACUUCAGAAUUCAUCGCGAGAGAUGGAAGCAACGUUGUCUCAAGAAUUGCAAGCCUUACGAGCUACUAACAAUGAUUUAGAGGAAGCUCUCCGAAUUAAAGAGGGUGAUAUUGUUUUACUGAAAGAAGAGCAUUCAGAACGGUGCAGGUCAACGCAAAAGAAAGAAGAAACCAUGUCUCAGGAAAUGUUAGAACUACAAGAAGCACUUCGAGUAAAAGAAGAUACUAUUAUCGCACAGAAAGAAGAACAUUCAAAACGAUACGAUGAACUUCAAAAUUCAUCGCAAGAGAAGGAAGCAUUCAUGUCUCAAGAAUUGCAAAAAAUUAUGACUAACAACCAGGAUUUGCAAGAAGCACUUCGAGUUAAAGAAGAUGUCAUUGUAGCACAGAAAGAAGAACAUUUGGAACGAUGUAGUGAAUUAGAGACCUCGUCGCAAGAGAAAGAGAAAUUGUUGAAAGAAUCGGAUGAGCAGUGGGUACAGAAAGAAGCAGCAUUAUCUCAGGAAUUACAAGAAUUGAGGAAAAAUAACUGUGAAUUGGAUACGCAGUUAAAAGAACUUCAAACAAUGGUUAGUGACCGAGAGGCUGAAUGGAGUAAUCGUGGGAAGUUGUUCUUGAAGACAGAAGAAGAAUUAAAGUCGCGGUUAGAAGAAAAAGAUAAAAGUUUGAGCGAGUUAGGAGACCAGUUACAAAAAGUUUCUAAAGAGAAAGUCGAACUUGAAGAAAAUAUUGCAGGUAUUAAUGGAGAGAACAUAUUAUUACAAGGAAAAUUGCAGGAUAGUGACAGAGAAUUGGAAAAUAUUAAUACAAGAUUGGCGGAACAGGACACCCAGAUGAGCAAACUGAAUGAACAAUUGUAUAACAGUGAAUCGCAAGUAAAUGAAUUGAAAGAGCAAUUGGGUCAUUUUGAAAGCAAAACACGCGAAUUGAAUGAACGGUUGGAAAAUAUGUCUGAUGAAAUACAAGGACUGAAUGAAGAACUACGUACGAAAAGAAAAGACAUUGAAGAGUUGACUACGGUUAUUGAAAACAAGGAAAAUGAAAUUGAAGAGUUGAAUACAAACUUAGGAUCUAGUGAUGUGGAAAACCGAAAAUUGAGAGAAAAACUUGAACACAACACUAAAAAGAGCGAAGAGUUAGACAAGGAAUUGGAAAUAAGAACAAAUGAAGUGGAAGGUUUAAAGCAAUCUCUCACAAAUAAGGAUGAUGAAAUUACAGAGUUGAAAAAUCGCCUAGAAACUAGUGGAGAGGAAUAUCAGAAAUUGAAUAAAGAACUUGAAGAGAUAAAUAAAGAGGUUAGCACUUUACAACAAACAGUUUCAUGUAAGGAUGGUAAGAUCACGGAGUUAAACGGUAUAUUGGGGACUUCGAAUGAAGAACUUGAGAUAAAGAACAAACAAGUACAAGAUCUCAAAGAAGAUGUUGCGAGUAAAGAUGGUAAAAUCAUAGAGUUAAAUGGUCUGUUAGACAGUAAUGAAAGAAAGUACGCUGAAGAGGUAACAACUCUGACCCAGCAGAAAGACAAUCUUCAAAAUAUGUUAACCCAAGAACAAUGCGCUGUUAAAGAAUCAAAAUUGAAGUUUGCCGAGGAAAAGAGUUUACUUCUGACCGAGUUAAACGAAAGUAUGGAAGUAAAGGAAAGAUUGGAAAAGGCAAUGGUUUCUCUCGACGCGAAAGAAAAUGAAGUGUUUGAUUUGAAGGAAAACGCUGUUUUGGUCGAGGAGCAACUGGUAGAGAAAGACGAAGAAAUAAAUAAUCUUCAAAACGAUCUGAACUUAAAGCUUCAGGAUCUUGAGGAAGAAAGAAAAAAAUCAAAACAACUACGGCAAGACCUGGAUGAGACCCUCACAGCUUUAGUUAGGACUAAGGAAGAAAAUGUCUUUCUCAGUGAAGAGUUGGACGUGACUGCUGAAGAAAUGAGAAGUAAGAGUUCGGAAGCGGAAAAGUUACAGGGAGAUAUUGAUAAACAAACUCAGGAAAACCAAGAAAAGAUUGAGGAAUAUGUUGCCUUGACUCACACAUUGAAGGAGGAACUGCACGCAAAGACCAACGAAUUGAGUACUAAAAGUAUGGAAGUUGAUAAAUUGCAGGGAGAUAUUGAUAGAAGCGCACAAGAACAUCAACGAAAGAUCGAAGAAUAUGUCGCCUUAAAUCAAAACUUGAAAGAAGAGCUUUUGGGUAUAAGUGAAGAUGUGAAAGUUAAGAUAGAAAAUCUUGAUGGUAGAAGGAAAGAGUUGGAGGAAACUUGCCAAAAUUCUGGGAAACGAAUAGUCGAGUGCGAAAAAGAAAUUGAAACCCUAAAGAAUGAUCUUAGUGUCAAGUCUGAUGAGUUGAAAUGUAGAAAUACUGAACUAAGCAGUUUGAAGGAGUCUUUUGAUAAAUCGUGCCAAAAUUAUGAGACGCGAAUCACUGAGAAUGAAAAUAUAAAACAAAGCUUAACAGAAAAGUUGGAGGUAAAGACAGAAGAGCUGAAGGCUAAAUGUACAGAAGUGAAAAAUGUCCGAGCAGAAUUAGAUAAAACCUGUCAAAUUCACAAGAAGCAAAUGUCUGAGAAUGAAAACGUUAAGCAAAAUUUGAGCGAGCAACUGCAAGCGAAGACUGAAGAACUUGAUGCUAAAUCUACUGAAUGUGGUAACCUCAGCGCGAAGUUGGAGCAACAAACCUCUGAGUAUAGAAGAGGUAUCCAAAGUGUGACGGAGCAACUAAAAACGAAGGGUGAAGAAAUGGAUGCUAAAUCAACUGAAUGCGAUGAACUUAGCACAGAAUUAGAGAAAACUAGAGAAGCUCAUGAACGGCAGAAGUCUGAAUAUGAAAAUAUUAACCAAAGUUUGACAGAGCAACUACAAGCGAAGAGUGGAGAACUGGAUUCUAAAUCUGUUGAAUGCGAUGAACUUAGCGCAGAAUUAGAGAAAACUAGAGAAAUUCAUGAACGGCAGAAGUCUGGAUAUGAAAAUAUUAACCAAAGUUUGACAGAGCAACUACAAGCGAAGGGUAAAGAACUGGAUACUAAAUCUACUGAACUUAACGACGUCAAAGAGAAGUUUGAAAAAACCUGUCAAAUUCAUGAACAACGGACCGCAGAGCUCGAGUGUGUUAAACAAAAUUUGACGGAACAGUUACAGGCAAAGAAUGAGGAAAUGGAUGUCAAAUCUACUGAAUGUGACAACCUCAGAGGGGAGUUGGCAGAGGCUAGGCAAACUAAUCAACAACAGGCUUCGGAGCAUGAACGUGUUAACCAAAGUUUGACGAAAGAACUGCAAGUCAAGGGUGAGGAACUGAAUGCCAAAUCAAAUGAAUUCGAUUAUCUCAAAGCGGAAUUGGAGGACGUUAAGGAAGUUCAUGAACGGCGCACCUUUGAAUAUGAAAACAUUAACCAAAGUUUGACGGAGGAGCUGCAGACAAAGAGUGAAGAACUAAAUGCUAGGUCUGCUGAAGUUGAAAACCUUAGAGCGGAAUUCGGAGCAUCCAGCCAGAUUCAUGAACAGAAAUCAGUUGAAUAUGAAAAUGUUAACAAAAGCGUGAUAGAACAACUACAAACAAAGGGUGAAGAACUGAACACUAAAUCCAUUGAGUAUGACAACCUCAAAGCAGAAUUCGAAGAGGCCAUGGAAAUUCAUAAACAACGAGCCUCAGACUAUGAAAAUGCUAUACAAAAUUUGAUGGAACAGUUAGAAGCUAAGAUUGAAGAACUGAACACUAAAUCCACUGAGCAUGACAACCUCAAAGCAGAAUUCGAAGAGUCCAUGGAAAUUCAUAAACAAAGAGCCUCAGACUAUGAAAAUGCUAAACAAAAUUUGAUGGAACAGUUACAAGCCAAGAAUAAAGAAAUAAACACUAAAUCCACUGAGUAUGACAACCUCAGUGUAGAAUUCAACGAGGCCAUGCAAAUUCAUCAACAGCAAGUCUUUGAGUAUGAAAAUGUUCAACAACAUUUGACGGAGCAACUACAAGCAAAAUCUGAAGAAAUGGGUGCUAAAUCUACUGAAUGUGACAACCUUAGAGCGGAGUUGGAAGAGGCUAUGCAAAUUAAUGAGCAACAGGCUUCAGACCACAAACGUGUUAACGAAAGUUUUACAGAAGAACUAAAUGCUAAAUCAAAUGAAUGCGAUGAUCUCAAGUCGGAAUUAGCGGAUGCCAAGAAAGUUCAUGAACGGCGCACCUUUGAAUAUGAAAAUGUUAACAAAAGCGUGACAGAACAACUACAAACAAAGGGUGAAGAACUGAACACUAAAUCCACUGAGUAUGACAACCUCAAAGCAAAAUUCGAGGAGUCCAUGGAAAUUCAUAAACAACGAGCCUCAGACUAUGAAAAUGCUAAACAAAAUUUGAUGGAACAGUUACAAGCCAAGAAUGAAGAAAUAAACACUAAAUCCACGGAGUAUGACAGCCUCAGAGUAGAAUUCGACGAGGCCAUGAAAAUUCAUCAACAGCAAGUCUUUGAGUAUGGAAAUGUUCAACAACAUUUGACGGAGCAACUACAAGCAAAAUCUGAAGAAAUGAAUACUAAAUCUACUGAAUGUGACAACCUUAGAGCUGACCUGGAAGAGGCUAGGCAAAUUAAUGAGCAACAGGCUUCAGACCACAAACGUGUUGACGAAAGUUUUACAGAAGAACUAAAUGCUAAAUCAAAUGAAUGCGACGUUCUCAAAUCGGAAUUAGCGGAUGCCAAGAAAGUUCAUGAACGGCGCACCCUUGAAUAUGAAAAUGUUAACAAAAGCGUGACAGAACAACUACAAACAAAGGGUGAAGAACUGAACACUAAAUCUAAUGAAUUGGACAACCUUAGAGCGGAAUUCGAGGAGGCCAUGGAAAUUCAUCAACGACGAGUCUUAGACUAUGAGAAUGUUCAACAAAAUUUGAGUGAACAGCUACAAGCAAAGACUGAGAGAAUGAAUGCUAAAUCUAUUGAAUAUGACAAUCUCAGAGCGGAAUUUGAGGAGGCUAAGAAAAAUAAUGAGGGACAAACAUCUGAGUAUGAAAGUGCCAAUCAAAGUUUGGUGGAAGAACUUCGAGCUAAAAGUGAAGAAUUAAAUACUAAAUCAGCUGAAUAUGACAACCUCAGAGCGGAAUUAAAGGAGACCAUGCAAAUCCAUGAGCGAGAAGUUUCAGAGUAUGAAGGUGGCAAACAAAAUUUGACGGAACAGUUACAAACAAAGAGCGAGGAGAUGAAUGCUAAAUCUAUUGAAUGUGACAACCUCAAGGAAGAAUUGGAAAAAACCAAGCAAGCUAAUGAGCAACAGAUCUCUGAGCAUGAAAGUGUUAAGCAAUGUUUGACAGAAGAACUGCAAGUCAAGAAUGAAGAACUAAAUGGAAAAUUGGCGGAAUGCGAUGACCUCAGGGCGGAUUUGAAAGAGGCUAGGGAAGUUUAUGAACGGCAGACCUCUGAGCAUGAAAAUGUCAAGCAAAGUCUGGCGGAGCAACUACAGGCAAAGAGCGAAGAACUGGAUGGUAAAUCUACUGACCUUAACGCUGUUAGAGCAGAGCUGAAUGAAAUUUAUCAAAUUCGUGAACAACAGACCGCUGAGUUCGAACGUGCUAAACGAAAUCUGACAGAACGGCUAGAAGCCAAAAACGAAGAACUGAAUAAUAAAUACACUGAGUUUGAUAAACUUAAAGCAGAAUUGGAGGAAACUAGUCAAAAUUAUCAACAGCAAGUAUCUGAGUAUAAAAAUCUAAAUCAGGAACUUAAAGAUAAACUAAAAACGUCUGCUGACGAAUUAGAAGCAACGUCUGUUCAACUGAACCAGCUGCAAAAAGACUUCGAGGAAAAGAUGAAAAUGCAUGAACGAAAGAUGGAGGAAUAUCAAACAGUUUGUACCAACUUGAAGGAGCAAUUGCAGGCGACUGUUGAAGAGCUUGCAAAUACAUCGAAAGAAAAUGAAACGUUAGGUUUAGAACUUGAGAAAUGUAAACAGGAUGACAGCGAGAAUCGUAGAAAUUACGGGGAUAAAAUAAAGGAACUAGAAGAACAAGCAGCUGCUAAAACUCGAGCGUUCGAAGAUAAGUCGAACGAAUACGAUAACCUGAGUCAAAGAAUGGCUGAGGAAAUUAAGAGAAGUGAUGAGAAAUUGGACUUGAAAUCUGCGGAGUUAGGAAAGCUUAAAGAUGUAAUGAUCGAGAGCAGACAAACGUACGAAAAAAGAAUUGAAGAUUUGGAGAAUAAAGUUGAAUCUCUGAAUGAAGAGUUAAGGACUAACCAAGAGAAAAUAAUUGAACAUGAAUCUGUGAAUGAAAAAAUAACUGAAGAGUUGCUAGUUAGAAGCGAAUCCUUUGAAACGACAUCUGCCGAGUUAUUGAAACUUAAAGACGAAGCCACACAAAAUAGCCAAAAUCACGAGAACAGAGUCGGACGUUUAGAAAACAAGAUUCAGAGCUUAACACAAGAGGCGACGGUUAAUGAAGAGCAAAUAGUGGAACUGCAAACCAAGCUGAGAGUUACAAAACAACUUCUGGAAGGACAGUCGGCGGAGUUAGACAGAGUUGAAAACGAGGCGAAACAGAGUAGCCAAAUGUACGAGCAAAAAAUUGAGGAUAUACAAAGUAAGAUUGAGACUUUAACUCGGGAGCUAAAGAUCAGCGAAGGUCGUGUUGAAGAAAAGCAAGCCCUAAACGAAACAUUGAGCGAGGAAUUAAAGAUGAAAAAUGAAUUGUUUGAAAAAACAACUGCUGAUUUAGAGAGAGUUCAAGAUAAGGGAAAACAAAAGACUCAAAUUUUCGAGCAAAAAGUGGAGAAUUUAGAAAAUAAAAUUACGACUUUGACGCAAGAGUUGGAGACAAUGGAAGGGAAAAUGAACGAGCAACAGGUUGAGUUAAAAGUAAAGAAUGAACAACUGGAAAUAAAGUCAUCUGAGAUUGAGAGUAUUAAAGAGAAAAUCGCUCAAAGUAGGCAAACAUACGAACAACAAAUUGAGGUAAUGGAAGGCAAAAUUCGUGAACUAAGCGAGGAGCUUAACGCAAGCGAAGGAAAAAUUGAAGAAUAUAAAGUCUUGAAGCAAACAUCGACCGAACAGCUAGAAAUUAGCGAGAAGAAUUUGCAGGAAGCAUCGGCUGAAUUGGCGACAGUCAAAGAGCAAGUAGAACAACUCAGCCAAACAAAUGAGACUUUAGAAAAUAGAAUACAGAGUUUAACCCAAGAACUGAAAAUUAACGAAGAGGAGCUUAAAGCAACAUAUCUUGAGCAGAGGAAAUUGAAAGAAGAGUUAGAACACAGUAGUCUUGCGUUUGAAAGAAAGGUUGCAGAUUAUGAAAUGAUAAACGAUACUUUGAAAUCUGCGGCACUGGAGUUGAAAACCAAGUGUGAAGGAGAGGAGGUGGUGAAAAAAGAGUUACAGGAAAGUAAAAUGAUAUUUGAAAGAAAAUUGGAGGAAUACGAAAGCCAAAGCCAGGUACUUAGAAAACAGUUAGAACUCAAUCGGAAACAAUUAGAAGAAAAGUCUGUUUCAUAUGACCAGUUGGAAGACAAAUUGAUUCACAAAAGCCAGGAAUACGAACGGAAUGUUAUUGAUCUUGAAACUAAAAUUCAAACACUUGAGAAAAAUUAUGAACUCACCCAACAACAAUUGAAGGACAAAGCUGCUGAGCUGGAAACCUUGAAGGAGAACUUUGAUAGAAUUGAACAAGAAUUAGAAAGAAAAUCUGAAGAAUCUGCAACCCAAAUUGAGUCUCUUAAAGAACAGAUUGACCAUUUAAUUAAACUUCAGGAGAGUGAGAUUAAGGAAAGGUCCGAGAAGGAACAAGAAAUUUUACACGAAAAGGCCAUUGUUGCUCUUCAGUUAAAUGAAUAUAAACAAACCAGUGAGAAAGAUAUACAAAGAUUGAAAGAAGAACAGAAGACUGUUUUGGAGUCAAAAAUAGAAUUGGAGAAUGAGAAAAUGUUGUGGUCUCAGAAGGCACAGGAGAUUUCACAGGAGAAAGCCAUUGUGGAUCGUGAGGUGGAAGAAUAUAGAAAAAUCGAUGAGUUGAAAAAGAAUGAAGUAGAGAGGUUGAAGGAAGAACUUAAUGUUGCGCAGGAAAAGAAAUCACAAAUGGAUGGUAAACUUGGUCAACUUUCACAGUAUAUAGAGGAUAAGAGAGAAGAAUAUAUAAGAGGUUUACAAGAGAAAGAGAAAGAAUGUUCAGUUUUGAGUGAGGAUAAUCAACGCUUGAGAAAAGAUAUUGAACACAUGAUGAACAACCUUGAAGAACUACAGAUAUCUAAAGAGUUCAUGGCGCAGGCCAAACACGCGAAUGCAGGCCAACUAAUUCAGGAAGAAAUUCCCCGGCCGAAAUCAGCUCGUGAAUUAGCGGCCAAUCCUGACGAACCCUUGAUAAAAACAGAGGAAGUCGUACAGCUGCAGUCAGCCUAUAAUGAUGAUGACAUGUGGGCUGAACCAACCUCAGACACAAUAUCUGUGCAUAAUAAGGUUCUAGAAAUCGAACGUAAUUUCAAUGACGUGAAGCAACAGUUAACCGAGGAGAUGAACAGAAAUCUAGAGUUGAAGCAAAGACUGGAGAGAUUACAAGAAGAAAAGAACGCAGCAGAUGUGAGGUGCACUGAAUUAAAGCAAGCUUUGGAAGAAUUUAUAUUCUCCACUGAUAAAAGAGGAGAUGUUGAAGAGCAGGAGGAUGGAAAGAACAUGGAAGAACCAGUUCAAGCCGACCAAGACGUAUCAAUGAUGUUUGAAACUCCAUCAACUAUUGAGCCAAAUCAGGCGAUCCAUGCUACAUCGGAAUCAUUUGGUGAAGUUGUUCGCUUAUUGGAAGAAGAAAAGGCAACCUUGGAGAGAAAACUAGAUACGGCUACAAAGGAAAGAAAUGCUCUUCGUGCCCAUAUCGAGCAACUCGAGGAAGAACUAGAGAAAUCGCGUGAUACUGAUGCACGUGAUACUGGGACACGUGACGAAGGCGUUUUCAUGAAUGUCGAAGAACAGAAUAAGAUGAAGAACAUUGUCAAGGAGGCCGAUGCACUAAGAAACUCAUUGCAAGAACGCGAAGAAAACGAACGGCAACUUCAGCAACAGUUGAAACUUUAUCAUGAUGAGUUACAGCGGGAAAGUGAGGACAACGAAUUGCUUCGAAACACCCUAUCCCACCUUGAACAGCAAAUAAACACUGAUAAAGAACAACUAUUGAGCUUAGAAACAGAACUAACUGAAGUUCGCAAUGGAAGUGAAAGCUUAAAGCUUGACAUGGAAAAUUUACAGAAAGAAAAACACGAGUUGUUAGAAGAUAAAGAAAGGACACGAGGCGAGAAUGCAAAGUUUUCUGAGCUAAUAAAGGAAUUGCAGGAGAAUGUAAAGACCAAAGAUACGGAGAUUAUGGACUUGCAUCAGAAUUUAGAGGAGAAGGAAUCGGCGAUAGUGGAUUUACGGCAAAACCUGGAUGGAAAAGAAACUGAAAUUUUUGAAAUUCAGCAAAGUUCUGAGUCAUUGGCGGAGCUGAAUGAGAAUAUAAAGGGAAGGGACUUAGAAAUUACUGGUUUGAAAAAGGAUAUUCAGAGAAGAGAGGCCGAAAUCACCGAGCUGAUGCACGCAAAAGAUUCUUUAAUUUCAGAGUUGCAAGACCAUGUCGUAGGUAAGGAGAGCGAAAUAGUGAAAUUAAACGAGACUGUGGAAGCAAAAGAAUCAGAAAUCGCAGACUUGCAGCGAAAUCUUUCUGCAAAAGAGGGCGAAGUCGUGGAAAUAAAAGAAAGUAUCAUUAGCAAAGAUAGAGAAAUCCUAGAAUUGAAAGAGGACGUCAGAGCGAAAGAGGCUUUCGGUGAGGAACUCCUAAAUUCUAAGAAACUUAUGGCGAAGUUAAAGAAGAAAUUCACAGCGUUCCGAGACGAGAAGCAAGCAGAGCUGGAGAAAAAAGAUGAAGACAUAUCAAGACUGUUAGAUCGGGUCGCUGAGGUCGAGAGUCUUCGUCGCAGUGAAGGACAGAAUGUCGACGAGGAGAUCAAGAAAUUGACUGAAAGAAUUCUUGCAGCGGAACAGCGGCAUGAAGGAGUUUUGCAGACAAAGAAUGAUGAGAUUAACACUUUGAAGGAGAUGGUUAGGAAUCUUGAACAUAGCAAAGACGAAGCAUUAGAAGAGAAUGACAGCAAAAUUGCCAAUCUUCUUGAGCAGCUUGAUCAAUCUCAAGAAAUUCAUAAUAAACAUAUCCAAGAUAAAGACGCUGAGAUAUCUGACAUGAAAGAUGAAUUUCAAACGGAGUUGGACAAGAAUAACGAGUUCGUUCUGCAACAAAUCAACAUGUUGAAAGAAGAAUUAGCCCAAAGCAGAUCAGCUUUAUCUGAGGAGGAAAAUGAGACCGAAUCAUUGAGAAAGAAAUUGUCAGACAAAAACGACGAAUUGGAAAUGAUAAAGGGCGAACUUCAGGAUAAAAUGACCACUUUGGCCGCGACUCAAAAUGAACUGGAACAUCUAAGAAAUAUUACCUCUGAUAAUGAAGAACAGUAUAAGAAUAUGCAGGAAGAAUUGCAGCAUAACAGGACUGAAUUAGGCGAGAAUGAAUCCCUGGUUAGGUCGCUGAAUGCGAGUUUGACUGAAAGUCAGGAACAGAUGAAGGAGCUAAAGAGAAAUAAUGAGGCGAUGAUGGAUCGCCAGUCAACCUUAGGAGAGAAAGAGGCCGAGUUGAUAACAUUAGCAGAACAACUUGAGGGGAAAUCGACAGCAUUAUCUGAAAGUGAAUCUGCAUGCGAAGUUCUUAAACAACAACUAGCUGAAAUUGGCGGAGAACUAAAGAAACAAAAAGAACGUGAACAAGAUUUGGUAGAAAUGUUACGUUUAAGAGAUGAGCAAAAAGACCUGCCUGAGGAACGUGCUAACACGCCUAUCGUUGAGGAAACUGUUGCCGAAGAGAAUAGAAGCCAAGUCCUGGAGCUACCGGCUCUCGAGGAAACUGUCGUGGCUGUAAACGAGAGUGUAGUUGAAGAGUUGCCACCUGUUCUUUCAGCAGAUGACAAUUCUCAGUCACAAGAGAAAAGCUUGCAUUCCCAGUUAAAAGAUAAGGAAGCAGCACUCCAAAAACAAACAGAACAGCUACAGACAGUCGCUAAAAAAUUCGCAGGACUAAAGAAGAAGUUUGGAACUCAAAAAGAACAACUAAAAGAGCUCAGCAAUACAAACAAGAAGCUACGUGAAGAAAAGGACGAGUUGACCAAAACUAAUGAAGAUAUGAACAAAAAAUUAUCCGAAAUGAGAAAAUUGUCUGUGGAAAAAGAAGUGCUAGAGAACUCCUUGAAUUCUAAAGAUUCUAUACUCGAGUUAUUGAACUCUGAGGUCAGCCGUUUCCAGGAAAAUAUCACCAUGAUUGAAGAGGAGAAUCUUGGAUUGAAAACAACCCUUGAAGGAAAAGACCGUGACAUGUCUGCAUUACGACGGCAGCUAAAUACGGCUUCUGAACAGGUGGAAAUGAUGGACGCCUUAGCUGAGGAUCGUGAUAAGUUGACUGAAGUGCUGGCCUCGAAGAAGGAAGAAAUAGAGUCAUUGGCUUCACAACUUCAGGGGAGUCAGGCUUUGGUUAUGCAGAAGGAGGCUGAAAUAGAAAAGUUUAAGAAAAAUAUUGACGAUGACUUCACAAUACAUUCGGAACAACUUCAGUUAUGGAAAAAUCAUGUUGAAGCAAGUACACAUGAAAUAUCGGAGCUUCAGAGGCUUUUGCGAGAGAAAGACAGUCAAAGUGAGGAACAUCAGCAGGAAUUUGAGUCUCUUCGCGCUGAGGUAGAAAGUUACAAGAAGAAACUACAGGAGAAAGAAAGUGAAAUUGAAGAAGGUGGAAAGGAUAUUUCAUUCAUCCAAAGUCAGCUUGAAAACCAGAUUCGGGAGAAAUCUGAAUUAUCAGAAGAUAUCAUGCGAUUUAUUUCCGAGAACCAGCAAUUAAGAUUGGAACUCGAAUCGAACGCUAAUAAGGAAGACUCUUCCGAGUUAGAGGCUUUAAAACAACAGUCUGAGCAACAGAGUCAGGAAUUGUGUAAUCUUAGACAAGAACUUGAGGUUGAAGUUGAACGGCAGAGCAAAUUGCAGAGAGCAUUACAGGAGAAAGGUGCCUUAAUUGAGGAGUAUGAAGAGGAAUUUGUAUCUCUGCGUCGAGAUAUGAAUGAACUCGAACAAGAACACAGGCGUGUUGACGAGACUAUGGAUGAACUGGUAGAGCAAAAACGAAGUUUGGAAGGAUUGCUUCAAGUCCGAGAAGUUGAAGUAAAUGAUCUGCGUAGCAAGAUGAGUGAAAUGGAGAAAGAUCAAGUAGCCCGAGACGUUUCUGAGAAUUUGCAACAAAUGCUGUCGGAGAAGAAUGAAGAAGUCCAGCUGUUAAAUAAGUCGCUUUCUGAGAAAUCGGUAGUGAUAGAGGAACUUUCAGGUAAUUUAACCGCUCUUAGGGAUCUGGACGCGGAAUCCCAAGCGAAGAUUUCUGCUCUGGAAAGGCAGAAAGAGAGCUUGUUUGCCGAGUCAUGCAACUUUAGUACACAGCAGAAAGACACAGAACAACAACUUAUAGAGGUACAAGCAGAACUUGAGGAUUCUCAGAACAGAAUGAACAAAUUCGAGGAAUUGUUGCACGAAACACGAGCAGCUUUAGAGCAAACUCAGAGAGAGAAUCUACAAAUUCAGGAAACUUGUGAAAAUCAUGUUAACGAGAAAAAUGCUUUACAAGUGAACUUAAGCCAAACUGCAAACCAGGCUUUAGAGCUUAAAGGCACAGUUGAAAGUCUAGAAGAAAGCUUAAGUGAGAAGGACAGGGAGUAUGGAAAUGAGAUACGAUUGUUGAGAUCGGAGGUUGAAGCUAAAAGUGCUGAGAUAUAUUCCAUGCAAGAGACUGCAGAACUGGUGGAUGAAUUAUCGAAAAAGUUAGCGAAUGCGAGUUCAACAGUCACAGACUUGGAACAAAAACUUGAAGCAGCCAAGAAAAAAGAAGAAACGAGAGAAAUCGAGUUGAUUCAGAGAAGUGAAGCACAGAACGUCGAAGGAACACCAGAUCAAUCCUCUACCGAUGCAGGAGAACCGAGUGCGGAUGACAGGGCAACUUUAGAAGCAAAGAUUGCGGAAUUAGAGAAAGAAAAACUUCAAUUAAGAAAGAAACUGGCCACGAUGAAGAAAGCGAGUGCCGAGAUUGGAAAGCAACAUAAACAAUUACAGACUGCUCUUGCUCAGAAAGAGAAAGAAUUGGCAAACUUAACAUCGGAGAAACAGGUCAUCAAGGAAAGAUUGGAAAGAGAAAUCGACACGCUCAAGAAUGAAAAGGAUUCAAUGGAAUCUGAAUUCGAGGAUUGUGUUAAAGACCUGAAGGAAAUCACAAAAGAAAAUCAAGAGACAGACAAGGAGAGAAAUAGUUUAAAGGCAGCAGUUCAAAAUCUAGAAUCAGAAAAAGAGUGGAAUAUCUCUGAACUUGAGAAUUUAAGAGCUGAACUAGAUGAGAAAGAAAGUGAAGUACUGGAACUAACAAAACAACUUGAAGCGGCUAAAAUAGAUUUUGAUGAUCGUAUGAGAAAACGUUUAGAUGAACUUCUGAUGGAAAAAGACUUAGAGAAAGCUGACCUCGAGGAAGAGUUUGCAAAGCAAGUCCAGGAGGUUUGUUCUCAGAAAGAUCAAUUGAUUUCUCAGAAAGAUGUCCAGAUUUCCGAACUGAGGAAUAGAGCAGAACUCAAUGAGGGUUUAUCAAAUGAGGCUGGACAGAUUUCUGAGAAGAUGCAUUUAGAGAUAGAGAACUUACGACAACAACUCGAUACGAAAGAUAAACAACUAUUGGAUCUAAAUGAGAAACUUGCAACUACAAUGGACAGUAAAGAAAUCGUGAAAGAAGAUAUUGAAAAGAACUCUGAUAAGUUAUUGGUUGAGUUAGAGAAUAUGAAACACCAACUCGAGGCAAAAAAUGAAGAAUUAAAGAACCUAAAAGAGAGUGAUGCAAACGAAAGCAGUGGCGCGCAAACUCAGGAUCUGUUGGCCGAGAUUGAAAAUCUGAAAGAUGAGCUUCAGAUCCUUGGUGAUGGACGUGAGGCACUGGAUAAAAAAUUACAUGAAGUACUCACUGAGAAGCAGAAGUUAUAUGACGAGUUGUUAACAGUCAGUCAGGAGCGGAACGAGUUGAAGAACGCACAGGAGAGCGCUGGUCAAAUGGGCAGCAUUGUUGAGGAGAAAGACAAGAAAAUUGCUGUGUUAAAAAAGAAGUUAAAAGAACUCCGAAGAGAGAAAGCUGCUUCUGAAGCAAAGUUAGAGGAGUCGAAAGUAUCGGAGCUUGAAGUAACUCCACAGAUUGUUAACGAGGUUUUCCAAAUGUCGGAGAUGCCCACAGUUGAAGCUCUUCCAGAAAUUAAUACCGAGCAAAAGCCGAGCAAAGAAGAGCUUGAUCAUCUUCGUCACGAGAGGAACGUUUAUGAAGAGAGUUAUAUCAGAAUACAACGAGAACUUGAUCAAAUACAAAAAGAAAACGAGUCACUCCUUUCUGAUUUACAAUCCAAACAAGAUCUAAUCGAUGGCUUUGAGGUGCAACUGAAACAGGAGAAAGAUGUUGUGAAGAAUGAGAUGGAAAUAGAUGUCAAUGAAAUGAAAAAUAAGAUGAAAGGACGGGAAGAAGAGUUGAUGGAAAUGCAUCUUGGAGAAAAAUUCCAGAUGGAAAGUUUGAUUGGAGAGUUGAAGGAAGAAAAAAUGCGAAUAAGUGACGACGUAGUCCAGUUAAAAGAAGAGAUCUCAUCUCUGGUACAUGAAAAAGAAGAAUUAGGGCAUGAGUACUCUGCGCUUAAACACUCGUUUGAGAGCGUCUCAGAAAAUUUAGAGGCUGUGCAAAAUGAAUUGGCUGGUUCUAAGGAUAAAUAUCGUGAAUUACAAGAUGAAAACACUUCCCUUCAAAGUGAUGUUGACUUGAACAAGAAGGGCAAACUUAAACUGAAACAUAAACUCAAAGAAGCUCUAAAACAACACGAAGAAGAGAAGACCGCUUUUCAGCAGGAUUUACAAAAUGUAAAAAGUGAGAAGGCAGAGAUAUGUAAUGCACUACGUACUGAAUUUGGCGCAGCUUUGGACAGUCGGGAUGAUAUGUUGAGUGGUCUGAGGGAGAGACUAGAAGCCUUAAAGACUGAAAAGUUAAGUUGCGAGGAAAAAUACGAAACUGAGAAUCGGGAAUUGAUAUCAAAGGUUACCGAGAGUGACGAAAAGAAUACGAAGUUGCAGUCAGAGGUGACGGAGUUGACGGCCAGCUUAGACAGCGUUGGAGCAGAGUUAUCUCGAGUACGUCAUGAGAAAGAUAACAUUGGAGAUUCGAUCAGAGCGGAGUUUGAUCAUAUUUGUUCAGGAUUAAGGCAGGAUUUGGAGCGAGUCUUAAAGGAAAGGGAUGAAAUUGCUAGAGCCAUGGAGGUUGGUCGUCUUGGUUUGGAGAAAGAAUUGAUUGAUAAAGAAGAGACAUUCGAUGGCCUGCUGCAGAUUGUCAAAGAAAAGGAUGAAAUCCUAAAUUCCGAGAAUUUGGAAACUCUAAAAGCGGAGGUAGAACGUCUCAGGCGAGAACUAUCGACAGAACAUAUGAUCUUGGAACAGGAACGGGGAUUAGUCGAACAAAAGAAUGUCGUUAUUCAAACUUUGGAGGAUGAUAAGAAAAGAUUGUUGAUCGAGAGAGAUAAUGUUUUAGAAAGGGCUGGACAGGAGGUUUCCGAACUUCGUUCAUCUAAAGAUACAGUAAUUGAAAGUUUGGAGGAUCGUUUGUCGAAACAAACUGAAGCACAUGAUCUUCUCAAUGAAAAAUAUCAAGAAAUUUCUCGAGAAUUCCGAGAAAUAAAUGAACAUAUCGACUCGUGUGUACGAGACACGAACCAAGACGAAGGGCUACUCGAAGUUCUUGCCUUGGAAACGGCAACGCCUGGGGAGACGCGCAUGCGUAGUAACAAAAUCGUGAGUCAACUGCUUGGAAACUGGACCGAGUCUGAAAGGAAAUGCGAGAAACAAAACAGAAACUGGGAAUCGACUGAAGAAAGUUAUAAGUUGGAGAUUGAGAAAUUACAAAACGAAAAAGUGGAAGUAUGCAAGGAGAUUGAAACGGAGUGGCAAAGAAAGCUGACGGAAAAAGAAGUAGAAAUGGAUGCACUCUCAAAGAAACUCGAUAACAGCCAGAAGGAAAAUAGUGAAGUAAAAGUAGAAAUGGCGAAGGUUAAGGAAGUUCUGGAAAAGGGAAUGUAUGGUUUGAUGAUUGAAAAAGAAGAUUUGACUAACCAACUGAAAGAAGCUGAUUUAAAACUUGUGGGCAAAGAGCAAGAAAUGUCGGUUUUGGGAGAACAAUUUGAGAAAGCUAAGGUUGUUAUCGCAGAGUUGAAUGAAGAAAAGCAAAGUGUCAGCUCAUCAAAUGAGGAGUUUAAGUUGACCAUUGCUCAAGCCACUGAAGAGAUUGACCGCCUUCAAUUGGAUAUCGAAGUUUUACAAAAUGAACGAAACCACUUUGAACAACGCUUGAUUGAAAACACCCAACUCAGUGAUGGUCAUUUCAUGAAAUUAUUCAAAAUUCUCGGAAACGUGGAGGUUGAUCAAAGUGUAGAGCAAAUAAAAACGAUGUUACCAGAAUUGCUCUCGGAUCUGGUCAGACAAGUUCAUGACAAUGAAAAAGUUCAGGGACAUCUGAGAGAAGAAAAAGCUAAAGUUUGUAAUCAAAUCCGUGAAGACUUUGAAAGCACUUUGGUUGAGAAGGAAAGUAUACUAGAGGAACUCCGAGGUAAGCUCAAGGAAACUCAUCAGAAAUGCGAUGAUGUGAGCCAGACCAGUGAGGAACAGAGGCGGAAAAUUGAAAAUCUGCAGGGACAAGUUUCUGCACUGCGUACGAAAGUGGGGAAAGUGGAAAUAUCGAGCCAUUCAGAUGACAAUGUUGAUGGAGAAAAGCCUCAUGCGAUCCGUGAAGAUAUCGUGAAGCGUAGUGUUGUUGAAGAAGUUCUCACAGCAUCGUCAUCAGAUCCAUUAAUGACCGAGUAUGAAACUACUAAUACUGAAAUACAGACACUAGCUGAUGAAAAUUUGGAUUUAAAAGCCCAAUUAGAUCACCUGAAUAAUGAGUUAGAGUCGCUUCAGAAAGAUAAUUCGAAAAUCGCAGAACAAUUAAACAGCAAAAACUUACAAACCGCUGCACUUGCUGGCGAGAAUGAAACAUUGAAAGACCUGAUCUCAAGUUUAAACAACUCCGAACUUUCAGAGACUAAUGAAAGACUUCAACGCGAAAUAGAGCAACUUCGAUUAGAUAAGGAAGAUCGACUGGGCAAAAGUAGCACAAAUGGGGACGCUGAUGAAAAGGCUUUGGAACAGCUUCGAGAUUUGAGCAGCGAAGUCACUCGGCUCCAGGCUGAGCUGACGGUAGCGACCGAAGACCGAGCAGCAUACGGCAAGCUUCGAAGAGACUUUGAUCACAUCGUAUCGGGGUUGAGAGGAGAUUUGGAGCGGGUGAUGUCUGAUCGUAAUAAUACAGCCCAGAUGUUGGAUAGCUUGAGAGCUCAAGUUCAUGAUAAGGAAGUCAGAGCAUCUGGCGAGGCUCAAAAAGCCAGUAAUGUGGACGGUAAGGGCGUACACGACGGGUCGAAAAGGGAUCCCAAGGGACGGUCGUUGAAGGAAGUUGAAAAAGAAUUGGAAACUGUAAAACGCGAGCUUCAUGAGAUUAGUUUGGUUAACAGGCAGUUAAAACAACUUGGCAAGAGUCUUGAUACAGAAUUGAAAGAAACAAGAAGAGAUAAACAGCAGAGUGAGAAGAAAUGUCAAGAUCUAAGAGAUGAAAUGGAAGCAUUUGUUAAAGAGAAAGAAGCAAUUAUUGUGGAGUCCAGAGAGCGCAUUGAGACCAGCGAGAAACUAAAUCAAGACAAACUACAUGAAGUGUAUAGACAACAUGAGGAAGAGCUCCGCAGGGCUACAGAAAACUCGGAAAAUAAGGAGCUGUUUUCGGCUAAUGAAGAACUGCAGAUGAAAUUAAACGAUGCGUAUGAAGAAAUCAAUAGCAUGGCUCAACUGGAAGGAAAUAACAAUGCUCUAAAGAAAGAAAUAGACAGUAUGAAGAACGAGAAGAAUAGUUUAACAGAAAAAAUGGAAGAGUUACAUAUUGAAGCUGAACAACAAAAGGAUAUUUUACGAAGUGAAAAUGACGUUUUAAUCGGGAACGUGAAAGACCUUAAAGGUUUAAUUGAUGAAGCUGAUAGACAGAUUGAAAUUCGGGAUGGAGAAAUAAAAGAUUUGAAAAAGCGUCUCCAAGAAAGCAAGGAAAAUGUUGGACCAGGCGCUAAAACCAUCCAUGACGUGACCAAGGCUUACAAUGAUGUGAUCUUACCGGAAGUGGAGUCUCCGCUGUGGCAGGAACAAGAAGGACGAGCCCUGGUGAAAGCCGUGAACGAUUUAGAGCUCGGGGAGAAGCCCGAAGGGGGGAGUGCAAUCAUCGAAUAUCGCCCUGAAAUGACAUCAGAAAGUGAGAAGCUUGAACGAGAACUGGUUCAAACGUCCGGUCAAGUGGACGAGACUGAAAAUCAAUUGAAGUUCCUUAAAGAAGAACUAGAAAGGGAGGGGAGGGACAGAAAAAUUGUCAUGGAUCAACUUGAGAAAGAAAAAGAAGAGCGAGCUGAGGUCUUCCACGAAUUAGAGAAGGUUAAAAAGAUUUCUCAUAAACUUAAAAACAUGUUAAAGAACUCGCGAAGUGAAGUUGAACAAAUAAAUAAAAAUUUAGCUCAGGCUAAAGAUGAUGCUGUCGAGAAGGAACACGCAAUAACGACACUUCGGAAAGAAAUGGCUGAAAUUGUCGAAGAGAAGGAAGAAAUAGUUAAGAACUUGAUGUCGCAGAGGAAGGCUUUAGAGCAAAAGGGAGAUGAAACCUUGGACAAAUUAAAGUCUGAAUAUGACGCGAGAUUAAAGCAACAAAACAGUCAUAUUGAGACACUUAGUAAUGAUCUGAAUGACGCCUUGUCUCGAGGUGAUGAACUAAAGGGACAACUUGAUAUGUGGAGACGCAGUUAUAACGAAGUCACUGAACGAGGAAAUGCUCUUGAAAAUGAAAUUGGAUCUCUUAGACAUUCGCUACAAGAUAGUAUUGAUGAACAUAAUAAAGAUGGGGAGAUAGCUCGUGCACAACUAAGCGAGGCUCAGGAAAGAAUUCAAAACUUGGACGAACAGUUGAAAAAAGUCACUGAGGAGAAGGAUUACAGUGAUAAAAUUAAAAAUGAGUUAGAAGCAAACAUGGCUAUGUUUAAAGAAAAUCUUGAAAAAACCAUCUCUGAAAAAGAUCACGUCAUCGAGGAUCUGCGUAAUGAUCUUGAUACUUCUAGAGAAAAACUUCAAAACCUGACUGAUGAAUUAGAGUCACAGAGGAGCUUACAUGAUCGUUCGAUGAAUCAGAUUAGGCAAGACGAAGUAAAAUUGAUGAAUUUACAAAAUGAAAUGAACUCAAGUUUGAGUGAGAAAGAUAGUGUCAUUGAACAACUGGAGAAAGAGCUUGAUACUGCAAACGAAACUAUACAUAAUACUUCGCGGACGCUCCAGUCUAAAACUUUGGAAUGUGAAAAUUUAUUGUCUGAAAACGGCUCUCUCGCAGAGCAGUUGAGAGAAACACAAGACGAGUCACAGAAUACAAGUAUUAUUAAGGAAGGUGUUAUAGCUGAAACUGGACGUAACCUUGAGGCAGCAACCACUCGCGCUGGGAAGCUGUCUCAAGAGUUGCACGACACUUCGAAUGUUCUUGAGAAUGAAAGAAAACGCAGAGAGGAAUUGGAUGUAAUUUCGUCGACUUUGAGAAAAGAUUUGGAGCUAAGAUCUGAACAGAAACGUGAGCUCGAGAAUGUGAUAAUGGCGUUGAACGUUGAUUUGGAAAAGGCUUUAAAAGAUCGCGAAGAAUUAAGGCAAGCGUUGAGAGUUAAACAGACAGUGACACAGGCUACUGAUAAUCCGUGCUUUGAUCAAAUUACCUUGGAUGAGAAAAUCAAAGAGAUAGAAGAUAUGGAGCAAAAGUUAGAUCAUUCUGAAGGAGAACUUCGUUCUGUAUACGAACAAUUGUCCACAGCUCAAAGUAAAAACGAGGAUUUGGAGGCUCAAUUGAAGGCAGUCGCGCUUUCCCUACAAGAAAGUUUGUCCGAGGCGCAGAAAGAGAGAUCUCAUAUGGAGGAGAUCGUGGCAGGCUUGAAAUCAGACUUACAGCAGAGUAGUUUGACAAAGGAAGAGGCAAUCAAUGUUUUAAGAAAGAAGUUGGAAGAAGCAGUGGAGGAGCGUGGCGGCGCUGUCGAGUCCUUGCGAAACGAGUAUGAUAAAAUGUUGAACGAGAAAGAUCAGAUUAUUGUCAGUGUUCAAGAUGAGAUCCAGCGAGUUAAUGAGGAAUUCACGAACCUCGGGUAUCGUUUUGAGUUGACGUUACAAGAUAACGUCAGCAAAGGCAAUAAUAUCAUGCAUUUGCAAAGUCAAGUCCAAGAAAAGCAGCAGGUUAUGGACAAGAAUAGCGCACUGUAUGAGCGUUUGAAGAACAUGGAAGAACGUGUAACUGAACUUCAGAAUGAAAUCGACGAAUUAAAUAAAGACAAGAAUAAACGAGAUUCCGAGAAACUUGAACUUCAAGAUUCCCAGAAUAAGAUCCUAGCAUUAGAAAAGCGUUUAGCUGCGAACAUGAAGGAAAAUGAAGCAUCGAAAGCCAAGCAAAAGAAGGAAUUCAAAAGAUUGUACGAAGGAGUGACGUUUGAUUUGGAGAAUUCUCGGAAGCAAAAUUUAGAAAAGGAGAAAAGUUUGCAGAAUUUACGAGAAGAGUUGGCGGAAAUUAUGGCACAGAAAGAAGCUUUGGCCGCGAAGAUUCGUAUGCCGGGUAAGGAAAGAAACGUUGAACAAUUGCAGAAAAGUGGAGAUAGUGGUUUCCAAGAAAAAUUCCGAGAUGAGAAAAAGGAAUUACUGCGAGAUCUUGAUAAAACUCGACAGGAAAAGGAUGAGAUUUUUGCGAAAUUUCAUAAUAUCAGCGAAGGUUUGAGACGAGAUCUCGAAGCCGCUAUAAACAGUAGGGACGAGAAAACUCAAGAAUGUUUGAAAGCUAAUUUAAUUAUCGAUAAACUUGAGCGUUCUAAGGAAGAAUUAGAACGCGAAAUAUAUGAAAAAGAAGCUUUGAUUGAUUCACUUAGUACGGGGAAUGAAGCAAAGAACGCGGAGAGAUCAAGUAUUGUUGAACAACUUCGGGAUGAAAAUCAAAAACUGAAAUCGGCUUUGGCCCAAGAGUCAAUGAACACCCGUGAAGCGGUCCUAAAAGGCCAAAACACGAACGAACAAUUGAGGCAAAGCUUAGCGAAAGCUGAGUAUGAUCGUGAGAGUCUUCGGAAUUAUGUCGCAAGCAAAGAAGUCCAAAAUGAAGAAUUGAAACGACAAUUAAAUAAAGAGAUCGCCGAACGUAAACGGCUUGUUGACCGUGGAGGACUAGUCGAAGAGAAGAUUGUCUCGAGUUCUGCCUCAGAGUAUGGAACACUGAACGAGACACGGACGGAUCUGGAUGAGACGGACACAAUGUUCAAUGCAAGUGUUAAUGAUGUUCCUCAGGGAGACGAGAGAAUGAACAAACUUCUUGCAAGACUCGCUGACGCGGCUCGUGUUCAAGAGGAAACAAGUCUACAAUUGUCUGAACUUGAGCAAACAUUGCAAGAAGAGAGAAGUCGCCGGGAAGAGUUAGAGAUCUUGCUGGAAGAACAACAUCAAAAAAGAGAUCAUCGAGUUAAUAUCUUGGAUGAAGAGACAGUACCACUGACAGGAUCGCCUGCAAGUCAUGGUGGUCAGCUGUAUCAACAUCGAGCUUCACAUAUAAACCGAAGAAGUCAGACGUCCUUACUUAGUCUACGUGGCUGUCUUCAAUCCAGCGGUUUACUCGCCCGCCUUUUGUGUGGCCAAGCAAGAGGACGGUGGCCAAUCAUGUUGUAUUUACUGUUCCUUCAUACCGUUCUUAUCAUCUGCCUUUAUUCUAUCUUUUCUGGUUAAUUGCAACAAUCAAAAAUUUUAUAAGAGAUAUAGUUAAGGAAGAAAUCAAGACAAAGUCAUUCAAUAUAAACUAAUGCAAAUUAUUAUCAAUAAAUAUGUUAGGUAAUUAGACAAUGUGUAAUAAACAUAUUCAUAGGACAACUCUGCGCCUGAUUUAGUGCACUUUGGGA